AUGCCCAAAAAAAGGGGAAUCUUGUAUACGGAGUUAGAAAGUCAAGAGCAGGAAAUCCAAAGGUUUGUGGCUUCUCAUGGUGGGUUGCCAUGCCCCGACCUGGUACAAGUUCCAAAAAUGGUCGAACAAGACAGCAACAAGCUUGUGUGGCUCCAUGGAAGCUUGAACUUGUGUAUCCCUAUACAUAUCAACAACUCCGGACAAUCACAACCUGAAAAGAUGUCAUUCAGGGUGCCUUUGCCGUAUAAGAUUGGUGAGGAAGAAUUCCCUGGCAAUGCGGAGGAUAAGGUACCGUCUGAGGCUGCAACAUACAUCUGA